GGUAAGAUGGUCGAGUCUUGUGAUCUCAUAGAAACAAGUCUGCGAUAUGUAAGUUUCUUGAGGCAAGUCUACAUCGCGAAUUGUGCGCUCAACGCCAUCUUUGCGGUGAUAGCAAUUACGGGUAACCUUUUAGUUCUGUUUUCAAUUUGGAAAUGUCGUCUCUUAAGCGAGCCCUCGUAUUUCUUGCUCGGAGUGCUGGCCCUGACGGACCUAGCAGUCGGGAUAAUUGUCCAGCCGCUCUAUGUACUUUAUAAGACCUCAGAGAUCCUCGGUAUGGCAAGUAUUACUUGUGUCACUGGCGUCGCAACUAAUAUCUUCGGGAAUUUGUUCUCUGGGAUGUCUUUCCUGACUGUCACGUUCACCUGGGUGGAUCGGUAUUUGGCGUUACACUUGCACUUGCGUUACAAAGCUAUGGUCACGUCAUCCAUGUACUCAAAAGUCAUCACAGGAUUAUUCAUGGUACUCUGUCUGUUUGUUUCGUUCUAUCAAUGGAAGAUUGGCGUCGCAAUAAUUUUCAGCAUCAUCAUCGUUCCAGUCUGUCUCAUAACGUCGACUGUUGCUUACUGUAAAAUAUUCGGUAUUUUACGAAGACAUGUGAAUCUCUUCCACAGCGAAGCAAACCUUGGGGAAAUAACGGACAACGCUCGCGCUGAAAGCGUUUUAAAGUAUCGCAAAUCUGUGCUUGGAAUCGUCUACGUCCAAGUGUUUUUUCUUGUGUGCUACACGCCGUAUUUCGUGGCACUUGUCAUCCGGACGAUCUAGGGCGUGUCACCAGAAUGGAAGCUAGCCUGGAAUAUAACGACUACGGUUAUCUAUAUCAACUCCUCUAUGAAUCCGUGUUUGUUCUGUUGGAGAAUGAAAGAGAUCAGAUCAGCUGUUAUAAAGACGGUUAAAGGUUUUCGUGGACCCAGAGAUAGAAGUGAAUCGAGAAUUUCUCGGAUUUCCCCUAGAGACUCUAGAAGUAAUACACUGAACCCAGAAUACGUAAAAACCAAACAUGAUAACCAAGCCCAAACAUGAUAACCAAGCCCUAUUGGCUGUACUGAGUCUGUCUUGGUUCGGGAACUCCCAGAAGAUGGAGAUCCCGCUCCCCCCCCCCCCCCCCCCCUCUUCUUUACUUUCUCUUGCCUCCCCCGCAAUCAGUCUUACUUUGUUGAGAGACUGAUUCCUUUGUAAUAAAAAGUUUAUAAAUUCAUUUGGAAAAGGGCUAAAGGAAUUAUACUU